CACAUUUAUUUGGGGGGGUCAGCUCUAUGUUUAUGGGAUCAGGACAUCUUUAGUAUUUUCACUUGACGUCUGACAUUUCACUGUAAAUCCUUUUCUGAGCCUCUGUAGAUUAAUGGUGAUCUCGCGGAGAGAUUUCCUUUGUGGUUUGUCUUGAAGUUAAUGAAGGAUCUUCUUGCUGCUUCGCCUUUUUUAAAGAUGUUUAGAUCUUUUGCUGUCGGUGAAUUAAGUUUAGGAAAUGCAGAUAUAAUUGUCAAUUUCUUGAAUUAUUGAUGAAGAACAGCUUAUCAAAAAAUGACGCUUGUUAGCUGAGUUUGAUUUCCAGCAAUUUUUUUCCUGUUUGCCCAUGUCUUGAAAUCUAUUGUCAUUUGCUAUUGACAAGGCAAAGCUUCAAACCGAGCGAAAAACUAUACAUUUGCAACAAGGAGAGAUCUUGCUGCAGAGAUUUGCUUAUUGCGGAAUAAUCGCAAAGGACUUCAUAUAUUGGACAGCUUUUGUUUUUGUCCCAUCAACCUCUUUUUCUGUUUCAAAGAGACUAGUUAGAGCUUGUCUCAACAAGUUUUUCCGAAGGAUGCAAAAGGAACCUCUCUUUUGGAACGUUUUCACACUUCCACCCAAACUAACAUCGCCAUAAUAUACUUCAAGGCAUACCCUCACGAAUAGCUGGGAGACUGUCACGUCUAAUUUGUCACCAGAUGUCUCAAAUUGACAGAACGACCAAAUAAGGACCGCUGCUUUAAUGCUUCCUUUAAAGGCAUGCUUGUUUCACUCUAUUGUUUUUUCUAACCAUUGCUUCUAAUACAUCACUUUGCCAUCAUACAUAAAACCUGUAAGAUUGGUCAACUGAUAACAUCUUUCCAUGACUGAAGGACGCUGCUUUCAUUCAGCAGGCCCCUGCGCCGGCCUUCCUCUUUAGUGCAGGCCUCGAAUUAAAGGAUUAUAACAAGCCAACGCAAAGGAAUCCGUCAGCACGUUAAAUCAGUUUCAUUAAUAAUCGCUGGAGUAACAGGUACUCGGCAUAACGAGAUUUUCCUUCUCGUGUAUGCUCUUCACAUGGAUAUCUGCAGGUAUUUUCCAUGAAAAUGUAUCCUCGAACAACCAGACAUCAAUCACUGCCAAUCAUAAUUUUUCGACAGGUUGAUGGCAAUGUUGCUCCGUAUGAUAUGUGGGAUGAAGCAGAUGGUGGAACUCCUGAUAAUGAGCGUGCAAGCCAGGAAAUUGAAAAGCUGAAAAUGAAGAUAAAGAAAAUUCGACAACAACUUGUUGAAAUGCAAAAUAUGAAAGCAGAAAAUGUUCAGGAAUUCCUGGAAAGUGCGAACCAGAAAAACAAGUUGAAUUUCGAGAAAAGGCAACAGAAGACCAAUGCAAACAUUCAACAAAUGCAGCGAAAACUUGAUAAAUACCAGAAGAUGCUUAAGGAGUACGAAGAGCGAGGUGUCAGUCAACACAGAGCUAAGGAAAUGUUCAGGGGUAUGCACGAUGCAGUUAAAGCUGGGGCUUCAAGUAUUUCCGGUGCGGUUACAAAACCAAUCGAAUCGAUGAACAAAUUUAUAAAAAAAGAUCGUCGGUCUGGCAGCGCAGAUAACCUUGGUACAUCAGCCAUUACAGGCGACGGUAGCUUGAUGCAACAGGACGAAACCGAGCAGUCGUAUUUAAACAGUUGCAGUGAUGACGACACAUCGAGUAUCAGUUCGACAACGAACCUUCCUCUGAAUCUUUCUGGAAGUAUAAACGCCCAAUCAUUGCACACACAUUCUGUCGGCAGUGAACUCGAAAAACUUCAACAUCGAAAUAAUGAAGUUGUGAUGCUUCGGAAGGAGAACGAAGAACUCCGAGACACAGUACAGAAGUUGAAGGACCAGCUUCUAGACAUAAUCAAUACGUUGAAUUACGAGCGAUUUCGAGUAGAUGAUCUACAGGGUCAGUUCCGAGAUUUAUUUAACCAAUACAACGAUCUUACUGAACUGCACCAGCAAGAGGUAAUGGAAGUCAAAGAGGAAUUAUACAAAGCAGCAGACAGAAUUGAAUGUGUUGAUUAUCGGUCGGCGGAAAGAGCUGGCGAAAUCGAAGAAGCUCUAGAUUCUUGCGUUACUCGGAUAAACAAAAUGGAGUUACAACAACAUCAACAACAGCAGCUGUUAUUGUCUGUUGAUGGGUACUUUGAUGGAAGUGGAACAGCGAAAGUGCUGCUUUCAAAAGUUCUAAGUCUUGCUGUUUCACUUUUCGCCAUCGUAUUAGUACUCGUUUCGUUAGUUGCAAGGAUCAUUUCACCUUUCACAUCAACUUGGAAGCGAGCCCUUAUCUCAUUCUCUUUGUUGCUUGCAAUUUUGCUGCUUUGGAAGAAUGCAGACAAGCCAUUACUUAAAGAACUAAAUCACAAGAUAUCAGAUUUUGUUCUUGUUUUCUACGAACGAUUUCGAAGGAAAUCAACACUCACAAAAGGCGAUAGUACAUCAACGAGGUAGCAUGUUAUUUGUUGUUGCAGUUGCUAUCUUUGAAAUGUAGAACAUGCAUGGGGUCGUUCAUUUGGUCGCUUUUUGUAGCUGAAUUUAGAUUUGCAAGGAUGAUGUCAAUUACUCAACCUCGAGCCAAGUUAAAGCGUGAACUAAAGCAUCGCCUAUACGAGUAACGCCCGUUGUGUAUCACGUCCACGCUGGAUCAUGCAUUUUUUAGUCAAAAAAAACAAAUAAUUCAUGUAGUUUAAAAUUGCAAAAGAAGAAAUGGUGCGGAAAAGACGCUGACCGUCUUCGUCGUUUCUUUCACCUUUUGGUGGAAAUUUUAUCAAAAGUGUGAUGUAACUUGAAAUUAUAGUACAGUUAUGAUGUUGAUGAUGUUUGACUUUAUGACGAGAUGAGUGAGGUAAAGCGGAUGAGUGACGUAUAGCGGAUGAGUGAAGUAAAGCGGAUGAGUGAGGCAAAGCGGAUGAGUGAAGUAAAGCGGAUGAGUGAGGCAAAGCGGAUGAGUGGCGUAUAGCGGAUGAGUGAGGUAAAGCGGAUGAGUGACGUACAGCGGAUGAGUGAGGUAAAGCGGAUGAGUGACGUACAGCGGAUGAGUGAGGUAAAGCGGAUGAGUGAAGUAUAGCGGAUGAGUGAGGUAAAGCGGAUGAGUGAAGGCGGAUGAGUGAGGCAAAGCGGAUGAGUGACAUAUAGCGGAUGAGUGAGGUAAAGCGGAUGAGUGACGUAUAGCGGAUGAGUGAGGUAAAGCGGUUGAGUGACGUACAGCGGAUGAGUGACGUAUAGCAGAUGAGUUGCGUUAAAGCUUUUGGAUGUACCCCUUUUCCGGAUGAAUCCAAGAGGAUGACGUAUGCUUUCCCUGAUUGUAUAUUUUCGAAUGCUGUUCAGAGGUAAUUAGAUUAUCAAUUUGAUACCAAUUUAUUUAUCGAUUUAAGCAAAUGUGUCUUUAUUUGAAUUUGUAUUUACUGUGAUUUGUGAUCGAAAAGUAUUAUUGGUCGGUUAGACACUGUACCAUAGUCUGUAAUUCAUGCCCACAAGCUACUGAUGUAUCACAGCUUGUGUGGUACACUUUGGAUGUAUUUUCGAAAUUAGCACAUUUCAGGAAGCAGGGAAUGGUAGCGGAGUUAGUCUUAGAUAACGAAUGAACUAAUGAACGAAUGUAAUAUAGAAUGUUUACUUUGAAUUUCUAGUUACAUAAAGCACGUUAUUGUACUGCAAUCAAAUAAAACAUUGUGUAAAAUUCCCACGCAAUGUCGUAAAAAUGUAUUAACAAAAUUACAUCUUUUUUGACAUUAUUAGGGGUUUGUCUAUAUAUUAGCAUGGUGUUGUUUAAUUAAGUUUAUUUGUUCUUUAAGAACGCAAUUAUUAAAUAAAUCAGGCAUAGCUCUGUCUUAUAAUCAAGUCAUUUUGACCAUUGUUGUAACUAUGUAAUUUUUAUUGUAUCUUUCUUCUUAAAUUGAUAAUUUGUACUUAUAGUUCGUGUGUGGUUAUAUUUCAAUUAUAUGAUAUAAAUGUAUGAACGGGCCCCGAACAAACAUGUACAAACCUACAUAGACAUUCGAGAGAGGGUUAAGAGGCAGCAUUUGAACAUUUUCAGACUCUUUUGCGAUCUGCUAACGUUUUGGUUUGAGGACCCUCUAGAAUAUUGGAGGGCUCAGGCCCCCGACCCCUUUUUCUACCCCCCCCCCCCUCCGAAUAUGUGGCAACCCAUACUGAAAAUCCACUGGCAGUUGUCUGUUGCUAUCUUUGAUAAUAGGCAAUUAAGCAGCGUUGAGUCUUUGAGCAAAAUAUAAUAAGCAUUGAGUCUUAUGAGCAGGAAUGCCCCUCAUGCACCUGGCUCGAUAGCUCAAAAUCGCAUUCGUUUAGGUAAUUUCAUUAAUGAGAAGAGUGGCAUUCGAUGCCAGCUGCUCUCUCGUUCUUUUUUGGAUAACAGUUGUAUAAUUUUUACCAAUCAUUCUUCCAUAAAAGAUUUUGUUCUUUUAAAUCAAAUCGUAAUUAUUAAGUUGAAAAUAUAUUUAGUUUUAAGACGUUCACAUGUUCAAGAUUUUUAAUAUGACACAUAAUGGAUGGUCUGGUUACCGCGUUUUGUUUUCUGUAAGAAUUUAUUAUUUAUGCAGAUGUCAGAAAGUAGA